UUAAGAUGGCGGCAGCGUCUCGCGGCGGGCACGGAGGUCGGGUUCUGGUGGACGGGCUGUUUCGCAGCUGUGUGGCCAUCGUGACCGGCGGGGGUACCGGCAUCGGCAAGGCCAUCACCGCCGACCUGCUGCAGCUCGGUUGCAAUGUAGUCAUUGCCUCUCGCAAACUUGACAAAUUAAAUGCUGCGGCGAAAGAGCUGGCUGCCAAAAUUCCACACACGAAUUCUGCCCAGGUGACCCCUAUAAAGUGCAACAUUCGCAAAGAAGAGGAGGUAGAGGCAUUGGUGAAAUCAACAUUGGAUCUUUAUGGUAGAAUAGAUUUCUUAGUCAAUAAUGGAGGAGGACAAUUUCCUAGCCCAGCAGAAGCAAUCCGUUCAAAAGGUUGGCAUGCUGUGAUUGAAACCAACCUGACUGGAACCUUCUAUUGUUGUAAAGCAGUGUACAAUGCUUGGAUGCAGGAUCAUGGAGGUGCUAUUGUCAACAUUGUGGCUGAUAUGUGGAAAGGGAUGCCUGGCAUGUCCCACAGUGGUGCAGCAAGAGCUGCAGUUGAUAACCUGACCAAAUCCUUCGCCAUUGAGUGGGCCCAUAGAGGCGUGAGAAUUAACGCAGUUGCCCCGGGAACAAUAUUUUCAGAAACUGCAGUUGCAAAUUACGAAAGUGGUGAAGAGUUGUUUGGCGGCUCUGUUAAAAAGAUUCCUGCAAAGAGAUUAGGACUUCCUGAAGAGGUAUCUCCUUUGGUGUGUUUCCUUCUCUCUCCGGCUGCUUCCUUUAUAACUGGAGAAACUGUGAAAAUUGAUGGUGGACAGAGCUUAUAUAAUACUGCUUGGGAAGUUCCAGAUCAUAACAGGUGGCCACCUGCUCCAGAUGGAGAUAAUGCCAAAGCACUCAGGACCAUGCUUUCAGGAAAACCUCCAUCAAAGCUAUAAAUCAAAGAAAUGGGGAUAGUUCCCUUCCGUCCGUGUCAGUGGAGAAAUCCUGCCUUUCAGUAAUUUACUGCAGUGAUAAGAAACUCUGCCUCGUUGAGAUAAAAAGAUGUACUUUGGAGGGAUUGGUUUUGUUUUUUAAAAUAAUAGCAAUAUAAAAACUUGCACUCAAGAGUCAUCAUACUUGUCAACACAUCCUGUUAUUGGCUUUGAUGUGAAAGGGUAAAUGUGUGUCUCAUACCCUUUACAUUUGUGAUUUUUACUCUUAAGCUCCUCCUACUAAAACACAGUGGUGUUCCAGAGUAUGUUGUAUUAGCAAGGCACUGAAGUGAAUAAGGUUGAACCUCUACAGUUGUUACAGUGGGCUCUCUGAUCGCUUUGCAUUGAUAAUUCCUGCUAUAGCUCCGAAAGCUGACAGAUGACGAUAGUAAAAAUAAACUAGUGGCUUACAUCUA